AUGGCGUCCGUAAUCUCGCGAGAUGCGGUUUUAAAGAUGGCCGCCGCGAGUGUAGCCGCGGCAGGCGCCGAGCCGCAGGAAAUGAGUGAGAGGAAGCCGGCAAGGGCGGCAAAGCAGGGGCAAAGACAGGGGACCUGCCUAAACUCGGGGGACCGCCCAAGGGCAGAAAACGAGCGGGAAAAAGAGCGGGAAAAACGGUUAAGCCACUGGGACUAG